GGUACGCGCCCUACAAGUGAAAGUGAAAGGAUGUGUGGGACAAAAGUGACGCUUCCCCGCAUACGCUUACAAAUGUCGCAUCUUUCUGCCUCGCGUAGUUAUUUUGUAAACAUUCGCGAGGCUUUACCCGACGGAUUUUUCUCUGAACCCUCCGGGAGAAGUGGACAUGCAUGUGCUGGUUAUUUUCAUUUUCGUAACGGCCGAAUAUCACCAUAAAAUUGUUGGAGCAAGCGGUGUGUGUGAACCCCUGAUUCAGGAAAACAACACAAUACAUGUUGACUCAACUUCAAGGCCUGUUAACUCAAAAAUUCGCACUCCGUGUAAGGAAGGCUUUCUGAGGAAGCCAGGAACAUCCACCAUGUACCACUGCAUUAAAGAACGAGAUGGCAAACUAAGGUGGAAAAAUGACCUUAAACUUGUGUGCAUACCUGAUCCAAGAAUACCCACUGUAAGACCGACAACAAAGUCACCUGUAACAAUGGCCACUGAGAUGCCCUCUUCAACGUGGAGCACAAGCAGCCAAAAUACAACAACAAGGUCACCACCUACCCAAUCAAGCACGCUUAGUACAACAACAGUAACAACAGAUGCCCCAAGAACUGAGCUAAAUUUAACAACAUCCACCCCACAAAAAAUAUCAACUUUCUGUGUUACAGGCAUGCCAACAACAGAAGCCACAAAUGAAGGUACCACAACCAAAACAAGAACCAACCCGCCAACAGAGUCGUCUGUAACAAUGACCAUUAAGAUUCCCUCUUCAACACGGAGCACAAGCAGCCAAAAUACAACAACAAGGUCACCACCUACCCAAUCAAGCAAGACUAGUACAACAACAGGAAGUGGUCCAGAACCUAAUGUAGACCCCCAAUAUGCUAGAAACACAUCAAUCACAGGUGUAACUGCAGGAAUAAUUCUUGUGUGUCUAGUAUCAGCAGCAGCAGCAGCAGUUCUGACCCAUUAUACAUCCAAACGUCGAGCCACUAACCGGGCAAAUGAGAUUCAGCUAGACCACGCCAACUAUCCCACCUGUAUUACCUACAUACCUGUACCAGUCUCUGAACAUUGUUCAGCUGAACCCUCAGACAUAGAUGUCAUAGCUAACAAAUCCACAACAGACUCACAGACUGAGUGAACAAAUAAAGCUUCGCCCAUGAUGUGGACACAUAUGCCAAGUCCUCGCACAGACAUGCGCUUUAUAAUGGUGCUUCUGAAUAAUCAAAUUGAUGCUUUUUUGUUAUAUCACUCCUCCGUCCUCUAGCCUGCGACCCUAAAAUCGACUGACAUACAUUUGCAAUUGAGAAGCACCCAGAAGACUUUACUCUUGCACAUACCCCUGUAUAAUGCAUCUCAUCUCAUUUCUUGCUGUUUAGACAUUAUGAUAAAAUAAAGUUUUUAUAUUGUUUUUAAAAA